AUGAAUUAUUUAAAUAGUAAAAAAGAAAAACUCAAAUAAUUAUUCGAAAAUAAACCAGAUAAGGUUGAGAUAGCUUAUGAUAAUUAGCUUAAUGAAUAAGAACUAUCUUUUUUAAACCAUCUUUUUGAAGAAAAAGACCUUAAAGAAAAUUAUGAUUGUAAAGAUGAUAAUUAGAGGGAAAAAGCUUAUUCAGAAAACAAGUAAUACAUAUUAUAACCAUCUGAAAGCUUUGGGGGAAAUUAAGAUCCUUCUAAUAUUUUAAAAAACUACUGUCCAUCAAAUAUCAACUUUAAACCUUUACAGUAUCAAAUACAUCCAAAUCCGAAUGAAAUGAAACCAUCUGUAAUAGGAAGGUCUUUAACCAAAACUUAACUGCAAACUAUUUAGUAAAUCGGUACAUUUACUACAAUAACUGAAGGAGGCUAAAUAAAAACUUGGCAAAUUUCAGAAAAAUUUUUUAUGUCAAGCCAAUCUAUCUUGAAGUUAAUCAAUAAAAUUGGACAACCUAAUUUUAGUGAAAUAUACUGCAAUUCAUUUACAAGGAAGAGAAUUAUAAAUUAAACUUUUGAGGAUUCUAAAUUCAAUAAGAAAUACUGGAAUUUUAGAGAUGGUAUUUAAACUUUGUUUUUUGAUACGCCUCGGGAAUUACUUAAUUGUUUAAUUGGAGUUCCUAUGUUUUGGUAUUAUUACUAAGGUUUAGAUUACUAUAUCUAAAAAAUUUGGGAUCAAGAAAACUUUACAAAAUAAUACUCAAACCUUGCUUUUAAUUCAAAAUUUUAAAAGAUUGUUUAAGAAUUCAACAUGGAAAAAGCUAUGGCUGAGCAAUUAGAAGACUAAGCUGACGAAGAUCACAACAAUAAUGACAAUGAAGAUGGUAUUUUUGGAGGUUGCUGUUUUAGAUGCUCUUGUGGAUUACUAGGCUAAAUCCCUGAUAGAGAUUCUAGUUAUUGCUACUUAAUUUCGAAAAAUGAAGAGGAUAAAGAUUUAUUUGGUUAAGAAGAUCUAAAGCUAAAACAGAACAAGGAAUCAUAAGACAAUUGUUUAAAUGAAAAGGUUGCCUUAAAAUAUUUUAACAUAGAAUAAAUACUAUUUUAUAUUGAUCAAAAAAUAAAUAACUCUUACUAUAAAAAUUUGGAGAAAAAAUUACUUCGUUAAUAUAAUUCAAAUUUAGAACAAUACAAAUAGAUUUUGUAAAUAAAUUUAUAAUAAUUACCAUUUCCUAAAACAGAUAUUUAAGAAACACUCAAUUCUAAUAUGUAAUCUUUUAAAUAAACUAUUUCUUAAACCUUAGAAAGAUCUUACCUAACAUAAUGUAAAAUACAAUAUUAAUAAGGCUGGAAGAUUUACUAUGAAAAAGGAUACUUAUAGUAAGUUUAUUAGCAAAUAUAAGAUCACUUUUUGUUAUUAUAAGAUUAAUCCCCUGAAAAAUUCUCACAUUUAUGGUAAGAACUCUUAGUUUAAAAAGGAAAUUAUUAUAUGCUAGCUGAGCGUUUCCUGAAGGAAAUGUUUAAUUAGUAUUUAAAAGAAGAAAAAUAGUUUGAUUAAAAUCUAUUUGAUAUAUUCACAAAAAGCAGAAACUUCAAUUUUAACAAUCCAAAUUUAUUAUCUGAGAUUAAUACUCAUUUAAAUAUUUGCUUCUUAUAAGAAGCUAGGCUUUUUGAAAAAAUAGAUCUUAGCUUUAAGAAUUAAAUACAAUAACAUUUUAUAUAAAAUCUCAAAAUUUAAAAUAGUGUAUAUUGA